CUGCUCAGCUGCUAACAGCCAUGAGUGACUGAGAACACUUGUUAAAUAUAGUUCUCCACUACACUCAAGAGUUCUACACUCUCCUGCCCAGGAACAACAGGGGAAAAGGCAGGGUCUUGGCUUCUGACAAAGGCUGUAUGCACUUACAGUAUCUACCCUCCUCUCCAUCUAUCUCUGGAUAUCUCUAUUUGAAGGGAAAACUGUGGCAAAAAGUGACAGUUGAAGCAACUCUGACCACCUCCUCUUGUCUGCUGGUCUCUCUCUCUCUCUCUCUCUCACUCACUCACUCACUCACUCACUCACUCACUCACUCACUCACUCACUCACUCACUCACUCACUCACUCACUCACUCAUCGCCUCACUGUGACUCUGCUGACCCAAACCCCUGAGUUAGGACAAAGCUUGGGGUUUAUCUUCAGACGGCUUUUCAUUGCCUCUGUAACUUUGACAGGAGAGAAGAGGAGAAGCAAGGUAGAAGAGAAGAGUAACAGGAGAGAGGAUGGAUAUCUUUUGACAAAUCUACCUUUAUCAUGCUGUCUCUUUUUGGCACACACAGUCAAGGUAACUGAAGUGCAUUGAGACAUUGAGGAGAUACUGUUUUUACUGUGGGACUUGAUUCUCAGUAACUCAGAUAUUCACCUUUUAACCUGUCGUCACCUGUGAUUUGGAACCAUUGAGAACAGCUGAGAAUGCGGUCCAGGAGCAGCACAGCCAUGGAGGGCCCAGAUGACAGACAGAUAAACCGGGUUACCCAGCCCACCAAAGCCUUCACCAAAGGGGAGGGGGAGAACACACUAGAGAAACAGAAAGAGGGGAAGAUCCAGACAGUGGAGCCUGGAAAGGUGAAAAGGCCCCAGAGAACCCCAGAGAGCAGCAGAGGACAACAGAAUGCAGCAUGGGUGACGGACCUCUCUAAGGAGGACUUUCUCCGUCUGCUGGGGGUCAUGGAGGGGGAGGUGCAGGCCAGAGAGGAUAUCAUCCACAUGCUGAAAUCAGAGCGUACCCAACCCGAAGCCCUGGAGGCCCAUUACGGCUCAGCUGCCCCAAUCAAACCCCUCCAGGCCCUGCAGAGAGACAGCCUACUGACCAACAACACUUCAACGCUAGGGGACGAUGUCUACCAGAUGCCCAUGCAAGAGUUGGACCGGCUGGAGGACAAGCAUCGUGAGACUUAUAGGCGUAUGCUGGAGCAGCUGCUGCUAGCUGAGAAGUGUCACCGCCGCACAGUUAACGAGCUGGACAAUGAGAAACGCAAACACACCGACUUCAUGAACAAGAGUGAUGACUUCACCAACCUACUGGAACAGGAGAGGGAGAGAUUAAAGGAGCUGCUGGAGCAGGAUAAGGUGUACCAGGCUUGUAAAGACAAGGAUCAGAGCAGGAGGCUAGAGAAGGUCCGUGAGGAGCUGGUCAAACUCAAGUCCUUUGUCCUGAUGCUGGUGGACGAGCGGCAGCUCCACAUCGAGCAGAUCGACCAGCAGAGCCAGAAGGUCCAGGACCUCAGCAGCGAGCUCCAGGAGAGAGAACAGCGACUGGUCGCUGUCAGCGGCAACGCCAAGGAGGACAGCCAGAAGGUCCUCAAACUCGAGGCGGAGCUAGAGUGCAAAGCCACCAAGUUCACCCAGGAGCGUGAGGAGAUGACUGCCAAGCUGGCCAACCAGGAGUCCCAGAGCCGCCAGCUCCGCCUGAAGCUGGCAAGCCUGGCCCACAGGAUCGAGGAGCUGGAGGAAAGCAACAAGGCACUGCAGAAGUCAGAGGAAGACCUCCUAGAGCUGAGGGACAAGAUCAGCAGGGGGGGGUGUGGGAACUCCAGCCUCAUGGCGGAGCUGGAGACACUGCGCAAGAGAGUCCUGGAGAUGGAGGGCAAGGAUGAGGAGAUCACCAAGACAGAGAGCCAAGCCAGGGAGCUGAGGAAGAGGCUACAAGACGAGGAGAUCACUGGCCGGGAGCUGAGGCUGGAGGUGGAAAAAUUGCAAAAGAGAAUGGGGGAGCUGGAGAAACUGGAGAGAACUUUCAACAUGAACAAAUCAGAGUGUGCAACACUUCAUGUUAACAUAGUAAGAGAGAAAGGACUGGCAAAUGACUUAGCUGGUGAGCUGGACACAGUUAAAAAACGUAUGAAAGAACUGGAGAACUCUGAAUCGAGACUUGAGAAAGCAGAGAUGGGCCUAAAGGAUGACCUGAUGAAGCUGAAGUCAUUUACAGUGAUACUAGUGGAUGAGAGGAAGAACAUGACUGAGAGAAUUAAACAGGAGGAGCUAAAGAGCGAUGAUUUAAAUAAGAUGUUCAAAACUGAGCAGGGUAAGGUUAUGGAAGUCACAGAAAAGUUGAUUGAGGAGAGCAAAAAGUUCCUCAGACUGAAAUCAGAAAUGGAGGUAAAAGUGAUGUCUCUUACUAAAGAGAAAGAUGAACUGAAAACGAAACUCGCAAGUGAAGAGGAAAAGUGCAGGGAUCUUAGCUUCAAGGUCGACGUGAUGAAAAAACAAAUGAAGGGGCUAGAGGAGGCAGAAAGAGAUUCAUUAAAAAGCAGAGCUAAUAAGGACAAAAUAUCCCUAGCUGAGCACAACAAAGUCAAGGAGCUAACGCAGGAAAUCGAAAGACUCAAAAACCGCCUAAAACAGCUAGAGGUGGUGGAAGGUGACCUGUUGAAGACAGAGGACGAGUACGAAUUACUGGAGAAGAAGUUUCGAACGGAGCACGACAAGGUCAAUGUUCUCGCUCAGCUGCUGGAUGAGAUGAAGAGUCAGACCGCCAUGAACAAGGCCAUAGAGAAGGGAGAGGCGGUGAGCCAGGAGGCUGAGUUAAGGAUGCGCUGCAAAAUAGAAGAGGCCAGAACCAGAGACCUGCAGGCAGACGUCCAGGCCCUCAAAGAGAAGAUCCACGAGCUGAUGAACAAGGAGGACCAGCUCUCCCAGCUGCAGGUAGACUACUCCCUCCUCCAGCAGAGGUUCCUGGAGGAGGACGACAAGAAGAAGAGCCUGAGCCAGGAUGUGGUCAACCUCACCAAAGAGCUGGAGGUCACCAAGCGCUACAGCCGCGCCCUGCGUCCCAGUAUGAAUGGGAGGAGGAUAGUAGAUGUCCCAGUCACCUCCACCGCAGUGCAGACAGACGUAGUGGUCAAUGAGCCUGUUGAGGAGGACACACCUGCAGUGUUCAUCAGGAAAUCUGUCCUGGAGGAGAACCAUAUUAUGAGCAACCUGAGGCAGAGGGGUCUAAAGAAGCCUGCAACCGUGCUGGAGCGCUACCCCCCAGCAGCCACUGAUCUGGGCCUGAGAAAAUCUUGGAUACCUUGGAUGAAAAAUAAUGAUGCAGUGACGAUCACUCAGACCACCCCAGAGAAGACCCUAUCCCCUCAGGUUAAUGGGGACUGUUCCGCUCGUCCACCCGAGCUGACCAUGUCCCAAAAGCCAGGCCAGCCGCUGCACAUCCGAGUGACCCCCGAUCACGAGAAAAGCACUGCCUCCUUGAAGAUCACUGGCCCUCGUGCUGAGGACUUCUUCUCCAGCACCACCAUCAUCCCCACCCUGGGCCUUCAGAGGCCCCGCAUCACCAUUGUUCCCAAGCCCACCACCGUGUCCUCAAAGAGCAAGCCAGGUGAGGGCAUGAUGGGUGGGCCUGAGCGGUGCAAGUCUCCAGUCACCAUCACCACCAUCUCCAGGGCAAAGUCCCCAGACAGGAAUAAGGGCUCCUCCUACUCAGACUCGAACAGACCUCUCUCCCCCGUCUCCAUCAUCACAGUGAACACCACUCCAGUGGCCUUUGCCUCCACAUCCCCUGAGACCCAUGACAUGAGCACCAUGAGCCGGGCUGUGUUCAAGGUGACCCCAGAGAAGCAGUCGUUGCCCACGCCUGUCCGAAACUACAACUCCAAUGCCAGUAUCAUCACCACCACAGAGGACAACAAGAUCCACAUCCAUCUGGGAACUCAGUUCAAGAGGCCAUCACACCGUAGCAGUAGCAGCCCCACGGUGACAGUAAGGCCCCUUAGUUUGAGCACAGAGAGCAAGGAGGCACCCACAGGUACGGUGCUGCGCUCCCCAUGUCAACCCAACAACACCACCAUGCCUGGGAAGACUACGCCAAGCAAAUUGACCAGCAGCAUCACCAUCACCCCCAUCACCUCUGCCCUCUCCAGGCCAACUCAGUCUGUGCCCGGGGCGGAUGUGCAGUCAUCUCGGGCCACGGCCACACGAAUCCCUAUGCCAAAAGGUAUGAAAACAGGCAAGGCAGUUGUGACAGGCGUUUCCACUGUGACACGGAUAGAGUCGCGAGCCGAGAGCCAGUCUAUGAAAAUUGAACUGAAGAGGUCAACAGUCUGCAGCUCUACCUCCUCAGGGGGAGGGAAGUGCUGAGGGCCACAUGCUGCCCCCACUAUCUAUCUAUGGACUCAGAGUCCCCCAUGAUUCAAUUCUGACCAGUCUGUUGCCAGCCAAAAACAGAUAGAAUAGGAUACUGUAGCCAGCGUUGGAUUUCAUCUGCUCACAGAUACACAGAGAAUAGCUAUCAGAAACACAGGCAUGUCUCUUUUCUCCAUUUCAAACAUUGGGGCAGCACAUUGAAAUGAGAUUGUAUUGUAGUUAUGUAUGUUUUCCAAAAAGAUUUGUAUAUCCAUGUUGAUUUCAAUCAGGCUGUGUGGCACGUUGACCAGAAUGAAUUUCCAUGCAUGUUUUAAUCUGACCAGAAUGCAAUGCUUUUUGUUUUGAUUGACACAAUGUUAUUAGUCCCUCAUCAGGCUUGUUGUCACACUGAGAGUUGUUGAUAUUUUUUGGUUUCAUAAUUCAUGUUGUUAAUAAAGGUCUAAUGUAGACAUUUAUUUAUCUAAAUAUCAAAUAAUUUCUGGGUAAAAAUUAAGUACCUUAGUGUGAUUGUUUUCAAUUAAAAUGGUCAAAAAGAAACAAAAAUAGCAUCUUAGCAAAGGACAAUUUCUCAAGCAAGAAUUUAUGGGAAUGGUCGGAGAGGGGAAAACUGAAAAUUAGCUGUCUUUACAAACAGCUCUUACACCAAAAGGGUAUUAUCAUCAUAUUCACAGUAUUAUUUCAACCUCAUAGUGUGAAAAAUAUAAACACAGGAUAAUCACAUUUUUGACUGCACUGGGCCUUUAAUAUUUUUGUUUAUUUCACCAUUUCUUAUGGAGGUUUUGGAAUACGGUACAGUAGCUCUUAUGAAUUUCGUGUGUAAAAUACCUUUUGAUCGGUCAUCAACAACACUAAUUUGUUCCACAUUUAGAAAAUAUAUUUUUCUUUGGAAUAAAGUACGACUGUUUGUUUAUAUUAUUCAUGUGGAGAUAUUACAAUGCAAAAUCUUCUUGAUGUUCACUAAAUAAAGAAUUUUGUGAAAGCAGGAGAGUGAGAGUAACAAACAGGAAA